GCAGAGCAAAGCGGCGCUGCUGCAGCGGCUGCGACCCGCAGGCGUGGAUUACACUUUGCUGCCAGCUUGUGCUGAAGAGCUGCAGCAGCAUUUUGAAAAGGUCCAGGCCCUUUUUCUGGAACUGCACUCCGCCAACAUCCGCAGCAUCACUGAGACGAUGCAGCGAGCAGCAGAAAACGCCGUCGGUUUGCUGCGGCAAAAUCUGCAGCAGCAGCAAAUGGAGUUGCUGAAGCCGCUGCACGAAUUCAAGGGUUUGCUGCUGGACUGGCAGCAAGCUGCGUGGACGCUGUUUGAAAGCGAAGUGGCUGCGCUGCGAGAGGCUGUAGACCUCCACGCAGAACUUUCUGCAGAAGUGGCGAAGAG